ACUCGCCCGCGCGACAUUCGCCAGCGCGCACGCGUUACGCACGCGCGAAUUUCGAAACGAAAAUGAUGCUCGCCGGAGCAGAAAUUGUCGACAAGAGUGUCGCGUUCAGUUCUGAUGGUGUGGUGCUGCCAGCUCCUGCGGCAAUACCUGCCUCAGCUGCUCCCGCCGCUCCUGCUUCUGCAGUUCCUGCCGCGGCAACAAUGACCCAAGCUGCCCCGCAAGGACUGUCAAGGGUGCCUGAGCGGGAAGCCGUGGAUAUCCACUUCAGCAACAUAACGUGUACAGUCAAACUUGGAAUUAAUAAAGGAUACAAAGAGAUCCUCCAUGGCGUCCACGGGCGCCUCCGGCCGCGGCAGCUGGUGGCCAUAAUGGGGCCUUCUGGGGCCGGCAAGUCUACAUUACUGGACGUGCUCUCAGGGUACAGGGUCACUGGGGUUGGAGGAGCGGUGUUCCUUAACGGCAGAGGCAGGAUCAUGAAGCAAUUCAAGAAGAUGUCGUGCUACAUACAGCAAGACGACCGGCUGCAGGGGCUACUUACUGUAGGCGAAAACAUGACCAUGGCUGCCAACCUCAAACUCCCCACCAAGAUGGAUAGCUACGAGAAGGGGGAGAUCAUAGAAAAUAUUCUCACCAACCUCGGCCUCUACGAACACUCCAACACUCGCGCAGCACAGUUGUCCGGCGGACAGAAAAAGAGGCUCUCCAUAGCUCUGGAGCUCAUUAACAACCCUCUUAUUAUGUUCCUUGAUGAGCCCACUACAGGCCUCGACAGUUCCUCGUGCACACAAGUAGUCCAGCUCUGCAGCAGCCUGGCCCGCCAAGGCCGCACGAUCAUCUGCACCGUCCACCAGCCUUCGGCCUCGCUCUUCGCGCUGUUCGACCAAGUAUACGUGCUGGCCGCCGGACAGUGCCUCUACCAGGGCACCACACAGAACCUGGUGCCGUACUUGGAUCAGACGGGUGUGCCUUGCCCCAUCUACCACAAUCCUGCUGAUUAUGUAAUCGAGCUGGCAUGCGGAGAAUACGGCGAAGACAAAAUCCAACUCCUAACAACCAAAUCAGAGAACGGGCGAGCACUGAACUGGUUCGACAACCAUGAGUCCAUCCCCAGCAUGGAGGCUCUGAGGAAGCAGUUCCCCCUGAGCGUGCUGAAGGCCCUGGACAGGGGGUCCAGCAAUGAGGAGACGCCGCAGUCCAACCAGAGAUCUGUUCUGAUUAGGACAGGGUUCCUGAAGGCUAAACGAGAUGCUACCAUGACCCACAUCCGUGUCCUGGUGAACAUCCUGGUGGGCAUCAUGCUGGGGAGCCUCUUCAUCAACGCGGGCAACGAGGGCUCCAGGGUACUGGAGAACUAUAACCUGCUGUUCGCCAUACUGAUGCACCAUAUGAUGUCACCAAUGAUGCUCACCAUUCUUACAUUCCCGUCAGAAAUGUCGAUCCUGUCCAAGGAGCACUUUAACAGAUGGUACUCCUUGGGAUCCUACUACAUCUCCAUAACUCUCGUUGACUUGCCCGUAUCUGUAGUAUCAUGCUUCGUGUUCAGUGUGAUAGUCUACAUCAUGUCAUCGCAGCCGCUAGAGCUGACCCGAUUCGCCAUGUUUUUCGCCAUCUCCAUGUACACCGUCCUGGUGGCGCAGAGUUUCGGACUCAUGAUCGGAGCAGUCUUCAACGUGGUGAACGGCACAUUCCUGGGCCCGUCACUCUCUGUCCCAAUGAUGAUGUUCGCUGGUUUCGGUGUGACGCUACGGGACCUGCCCUCCUACCUGUAUUGGGGAUCGUACGUGUCCUACCUGCGCUAUGGGCUCGAAGGACUGAUCAACGCCAUCUACGGGAUGAAUAGGCCCGUACUCGCCUGCGAGGAUGAAUUAUAUUGCCAUUACAAGUAUCCCAGCAAGUUUUUGAAGGAGAUUGCGAUGCGAUCGGACAUGUUCUGGUGGGACAUCCUCGCUCUGACCGUCAAUGUUGUCGUCCUAAGAAUACUGGCCUUCCUAUUACUAAAAUGGAAACUAAACGCAGUGCGAUAAAAUAUGUCUGUACGGAAUAUUUGUGUAAAUUGGUUGGGUAGUAGUGUAGAUACCAGUCUAGCUCUAAUUUGUGUGACAAGUGACAAUUAUUUAAUAUUUAGUCUAAAAUUGCCCGAAAGAACUGGUAGCAAGUAGCUGUGUUAGAAAAAAAUAUAGGUAUUUAAGUGUUAUUAGAAUAAAUAAGUGCAUUGAAAUUUCUGAACCAAGUUAAUAAAAAAAAAUAGAUGUGAUAUGAAAAAGUGACACAAAAUAAUCUAUUGUAGUAGGUAAUGAAGCUGAAGCUUCUUGGUAAAAAACAUUCCGUUAUAAUAAUAAUUAAAAAAAAAAAAACAAAGAAAUUUUGAUUGUAAGUUUUAUUCCAAUGGAAAAUGUGAUGGUUAGAUUUUUAAUCUGUGAUAUUAUUCCAUGAUGUUUUUUUUGUUCUACUACUUCUACUUCGUAGUUUUGUGUCAAAUUAAAUACAAUAUGUGUAUUGAAACGUCUAUUUUAUGCCAAGUCUUUUGACAUUCCUUGUCAUUUAGCAGCCUAUACAUUGACAUUAUCGACUUUGACAAAAGAAGAAUAAGCAUUAUAAAUUCUUUUUUACAUGGUGGAGACGCAAGGAUUAGAGUAAGGUAUCUACUUCUAGAUAGUUCGCUAUGAAAGUACUUGCCUAAAUUAUACUUCCAAAGAUUAAGUGGUAAAGUAUACCUCUUUUACUAUUAAGUGUAAAUUGUUGAAGAGUUGAGGCUCAGGUCACGUGUUUUUAAAGUUAAAUAAUAUACCCUUAGGUAUAUUAGUUUUACUUAAAUGUAUACGAGACGAAACAUGUUAAUUAAGUAGUAAUAAUUUUGGAGCGCCUUUAAAUAUACAAACAAAUCUGUAGCUUUGUAUAGACAUUAAGAGUCAUGAACCCUUUGCCAUAAAGCCGCUCCCAUACAUUCGAAGUUACGCUCUCAUUUUAUUAGUACAAGCUGAAACAACAAGAAACUUGGAAUAAACAUAUUAUUAAUUUUUAUUGCUAAAUAUUGUAAAACAGAUAAAAACAGUGUGUUAAACAAGCUCUACAUAUUUGCUCUAACAUAUGCAUUACCUAGUUGAAUUUCCAUGCCAACUUGCCAAGUUAUUUCCAUGCCAAAUUGCCAAGUUAUUUCCAAGCCAACUUGCUAAGUUAUUUCCAUGCCAAAUUGCCAAGUUAUUUCCAUUGCCAACUUGCCAAGUUAUUUCCAUGCCAAAUUGCCAAGUUAUUUCCAUGCCAACUUGCCAAGUUAUUUCCAUGUCAAAUUGCCAAGUUAUUUCCAUGCCAACUUGCCAAGUUUCUCAAUUCCGUCGUUUUAAAAUGAGAGCGAAACGUCGAUUGUAUGGCGGCGGCUAGGUUCGUGUGACUUCUUACAUUAAAUACGUAGGUGGUUAGUAUUUUUAGGUAGUUUUCGAAGUUUAUGUUUUACAUAAUUUAAUUGUACCUACAUCCUCUGUAGGAGUAAUGUAUGCACACGUCUGUGCUUAUUUUCUAUAUUCUGUUUGAAAUUCUAGAUAUAUUAGCUGCUCAAUUAUAUUAUUUAUUAUUUUAUAGAUUAAAAUAUUUAUAAUAAGGGAACUUGACAUUUUUAUAACUUUUGUAUAAAAAAAUACGUUUCCUGGUAACUUUUUAUAAUUAUCAAUAAACAUUAUAAACCCAUAA